AAUUUGUUGCAUAUAAAAAAGUGGACUAAUCAAGAAACUUCAAGAACCAAACCCACUAAAAAAAACAAAAACAAAAACACAAUUCUCUCUUCCUCAAAUUCGAUAAAAUGGGAAUGUCGAAAUCGAAAAGCAACACACAUAACAUCUUCCUUUUCUGCAACUACAUCCUCUUAGGCUCAGCCUCAAGCUGCAUCUUCCUCACGAUCUCCCUCCGUCUCUUCCCAUCACUCUCUGGUCUCUCCCUCAUCUUCCUCUACGCUCUCACCAUCGCCACCGCAGUUUCCGGCUGCUCGAUCUUCGCCUCCUCCACCACCGCAACCACGAGCGACAGAUUAUACGGUUCACACAUGGUAGCCACAGUCCUCACGGCCAUAUUCCAAGGCGCGGUCUCUGUUCUGACGUUCACGAGAACAGGGGAUUUCUUAAGGUUCUUGGAAUCGUAUGUUUUGGAAGAAGACGGUGCCGUGAUACUUAAACUCGCUGGUGGGUUGUGUGUGGUGAUGUUCUGCUUGGAGUGGGUUGUUCUUGUGCUAGCGUUUUUGUUGAAGUAUAGUGAUUAUUUAGAUGAGAGUGUUGUAGAUGAUGAUGAUGAUUUCAAGGUUCGAAGGCAAGAAGAUGAUCUCAAGGAUUGGCCUUCUUACCCAUUUCAACUCAAGAUUUAAAAUUUUCCAAUUUAAUUUUUUUCGUACACUAUACUUUUUCAAAUGACUUGUAAUGUGUUGUUUAAAUUUUUUUCCAAGGAGUGGGUUGUUUGUGUUCGUUCA